UGCCAAGCAGGCAAGCACUUGUCAGUUCGUGCAUUGCUGGCCGGCCGUAGGGAGUCUCCAAGGCAGGGAAUAACAGAAGUUAAAAAGAUUUAAAAUGUAUUUGUCCGGCAACCAGGCCGGACUUGGGAACCCUCCCAGAGCCACACCCAGAACCCAGACUGGCAGCCCCGCCAUCCAGCCUCGCCACCCUUGACACUCAUCUGACAAGGAGGAAACAAGCGGCGGAAAGGAGGAGACAGGCAGCAAAGGCACCAAAGGAGAACUGGAACGCCAAAGAAGGCCCAGGUGCUGAUGAGCUUUUGUCGGCAGGAGGCAGGCUAGAUGGCAGCUCCUGGGUCCUAGCCACUGGAGGAAGAGGGCACAGGGGGCAGAGACAGUCAGCCCAUGCCACCACAGGCAGCAGAUCAUGGGCAGCACCGGUGGCACAGGGCCACACCCCAAGCCAGUGGCAGGCACGGGAGGAACUACAGCCCAACAACCCAGCAAACAGGCUAGAGGGGAUGAAAAAGGGCCAGAAGAGGCUGAGGGCAAAGCAGGCACAGCGGUGGCUACCUAAGGCAGCCAGAGCAGCAGCUAAGCUGUUGGGGGUGGGGCUAGGAGGUGGUGCCUGGGAAUGGUGAGGGGAUAAAAGGGAGGUCCACCCAAAAGUGGAGGAGGGAGGAAGGAGGUAGCGUGAAGAGGAGUGUGUGGGAGCAGGAGGCUUGCUUGCUUGCUUGCUUGCUUGCUUGCUCCUGGAGUGGAGGUCAGUCUACUCAGGGUUGUAGAGGGGUCCCUGGGAAAUACUCAGGGCCCAAUCACCCAGUUUCUGAGACCUUCAGGAGGCAAUAUCCUGGCAGCUAAGAGAGGCUAGUGGGCCAGCAGUGGUGGAGUAGACCCAAAGGCCAAGAAGUAGCAGUCAGGCAGGCGGCGAGUGAGCACCACCCCGGCAGAAAGAGACACGUGAGGGGAGGGGCGUGCCUGAGCCUGACAGUAUUUACAAAUAUAAUAAAAACAUAUACACAAAUAAACACACCUGUAUAAUCAGGUAGGAGGUCCACUAAGGAUUUUAGUAUCUUCCAAUUUUGCAGUCCCAUUUUCUUACAAUUCUGGUUAUGUAGCCGACCAACGCCCAAGAGAGUGUAAAUUUACCAGAAAACAGCUAGUUUGAGAUCAACAGAGUAGUACGCAACACUCUCUGAGAAGAAUGGGGAACUGAUAAAGAAAUAGCCUUAUGUGGUAAUAGCUAAGCUAUAAGCACGUAUACAAGCUAUGUGGCAAGAAGUGUGAAACCCGUGGUGUAACUAUGACAUGUGUUGUAACCAUGCAUUCUGUCUAACGAAAGCGUAUAUAGGCAGAAUGCACGGCUCAGUCUUUUGUGACACUAGUCACGCUGAGACCCGCCGGCUAAUAAACUACCUUUCCUUCCUGAGCAACUGUCUGGUCUCGAUCCUUGACACCCCUAUUCUGCUACAGUUAUAUAGCUUUUACUGUUUCUAUUGAAUUGGUGAAUUUUGUACCCACCUCCAGUCUUAGCAAGAAAGGUUGGGUGAGAACUGAAAUACUCCACUGGGCAUUUGUGAAGAGGAGAGAGGUCUAUGUAGCCCCUCCCCCACAUUAUCAACCAGAAUUGGCAGGUCUCUGCAGGGUGAACAGUGCUGGAGGGAAGAGAAGCAACAGAAUUCCUGUCUGGAUUUUGGCUCAAUCUCAGGUCUGAUUCAUACAUGCAGGCAAAUGAGGAGGAAUUGACCUGAGGAGAUUUCCUGCUUUAUUUAAGGCACCUUUUCCUGACAGGUGGGCUCAAGAUGACUUCGUUUGGGACUGUGGGUGGAGGACCAUGUUUUGUGAUUCUACCAUCUGUCUAAGUCUCUCUGCCAUAAAAAGUCAUCAAGGCGAGCACAGAUAGAGGACCAAAACAUUUUUCCUGCUCUGCUAGCUUUCUCUCUGCAGGGAGGUUUUCUUUCCUAGCUGGCAAUCCAUGCUAUCACCUCAGGACACACACACACACCCCGCAUCCAAGCAUAAUCUCUUAGUACAGGUCAGGCCAAAAGGGCUGGAUUUCCCUCAGAUGGGCCAAGGGAGCAGUAUGGCUACCAGCAGGGCCAGGGACUCAUCUUUCGGAAAUGAAUUUGUAGGGAUUAGGAGAGAAAAUACUCAGGAGGGGAGAGGGAUAGAUGAAUAAUGAAGCUGGGUCCUCGCCCCGUAAAGAAUGGCUAGGUUGGGGAGAGAUGUGGGGACAAACACUCCUGAGCCUUCCUAGAUCAAAAGCAAUAUUGAAUUGUGUCCCAAAGCGAAUCCGGAGAGAAAUUCACUGACGGUAUGGGUGCAGAAAAUGCGUGUGUGCCACAAAAUGGUUUCUCUUUCCUUCCCAGGCAGCAACAGGAAGACCCCCUUGAUAGCUUCUGCAGCAUCUCCUCCAUGCGGUGAAGCAAAAAGAGCCACUAUGCAGCCUGCUCAGAACGACGUGUCCUUUGAAGAGGUGGCUGUGCAUUUCUCCCAGGGGGAGUGGAGCCUGCUGAGCCCAGCCCAGAGAGCUCUGUACAAGGAAGUCAUGCUGGAGAAUUUUGGGAACGUGGCCUCCCUGGUGAAAGGACCUCCAAUGGCCAAACCUGACCUCAUAUACUGGCUGGAAGAGGAGAACGAGCAGUUCCCCCUGUGCUCUGAAGAAGAGGAGGGAUUGGCAGUGAAAGGACCUCUGAUUGCCAAACCUGACCUCAUAUCCUGGUUGGAAGAGGAGAGUGAGCAGUUCCCCCUGGGCUCUGAAGAAGAGGAGGGAUUGGCAGCCGGAAAAACGUAUUCAGAUAUAAAUGAGAAUUUUGAAAAUGGUGAUGCCCUGAGGAAACAGGAGGGGGACACUUCUGUUCUUUCAAAGCGUGAUGACUCUCACAAAAUUGAGACUGGGAAGAGUUUCAGUAAAAGUAGAAAACUUACUAUCCAUCAAAGAAUUCACACAGGGGAGAAGCCAUAUCAAUGCUUGGUGUGUGGAGAAAGUUUCCGUCAGAAAGGACACCAUACUCGUCAUCAGAGAACGCACACAGGGAAGAAGAAAUAUAAAUGUACUGAAUGUGGUAAAACCUUCAGUCGGAGUGAAAGUGUUAUUUACCAUCUAAGAAUUCACACAGGGGAGAAACCAUAUAAAUGCCUGGAGUGUGGAAAAAGCUUCAGAUGGCGUGGAGCCCUUGAUUCUCAUCUAAGAACUCACUCAGAGGUGAAAUCAUAUAAAUGUCUGGAGUGUGGAAAAAGCUUCAGUCGGAGUGGAGACCUUACUCGCCAUCUCAAAAUUCACAGAGGGGAGAAACCAUAUAAAUGCAUGGAGUGUGGAAAAAGUUAUAGUCGGAGUGGAGGCCUUACUCGCCAUCUAAGAAUUCACACAGGGGAGAAACCAUAUAAAUGCAUGGAGUGUGGAAAGUGCUUCAAUCGGAAAGAAACCUUGACUUACCAUCAAAGAAUUCACACAGGUGAAGAAAUAUAAAUGCCUGGAAUGUGGAAAAAGUGUCAUGUAUGCAUGCCUGCAUCCCUGCCAUUAAUGUGUUUCAUAUACUGAACUGCUGACAUAAGUUGUACUGAGCUAAGGGGGGUUGCUUACUGGUAGGGUUGUUACCUACUUUCACUUCUCGAGCAAGUGUCCUUGGAAGCGGGCUGUGAAUAGCAAACUAUGUACCUUUUCUCAGAGAGAGUGCUGAUUUCUGUGUGUGCUAUGUCUAGCUGAAAUAAUACGUUCCCAUGCAACCCUUUGGAGCUUUCUUGUGGUAGGUUCCUCGGUUCCCUCUGAUGGCGAUGCGGGGGAGGAGAUUGCUCCGUGUGUGGGGGUGGAGGUGCUGCUGCUCCAUCCUCCCCAUUGCAUUCUGGGAUGGGCGUGGACCUGGGGAGUAGCAUACUCCGCAUUAUCUCUUGUAGUUCUUGGACUACUUGUAACAUGUCCCUUUUUAGUUCGUCCUCCCCCCACCCUUGCAGCCCGUAAAUCCUAUGAUUCCUUCGUCAGGUCCUCCCCACUGCUUGGUUCCGAUCCUGCUCUCAAAUCCAGGGGUUCUUCGUCCACCCAUUCCCCUGGGUCCACAUGCACUUCGGUUUGGCUCGCUGGUAGGGGAACUCCGUAGUCGAACCCCUCACCCCAUUGUAAGGGCUGUUCUUCUUUUGAUCUUUGUCCCCUGGGGUCCCAUUCUGUCAGGGUUGCUACUAGCCAAUUCUGCCCCAGAGCAGCCAGCCUUGUCUCGGGGCGAAUUGGCUAGUAGCAACCCUUGCCACUCGCUCCUAUCAGCACCAGUCUUCCACUAGGGCAUUCAGCAACAAAGUGAGCGGAGAAUUCCUCUCCCUCUUUGCCUGUAAAAACCCCUUGGGCAUCUUUGACUCUCCGAGGCUGUCCAGCCUGAUACUGAAGACAGAGCAGCUUGACAACUUGCUCCCAGUUCUCCAUCUCACAAGCCAAUUGGAUCCACCCAAGCAGGGUACUUGGGUCAUCUUGGAUCAUUGCUUUGGCUACUAAUUCUGGGUUCAAUCCAGCACCAAAGAAUUCCAUUUUCACUGACUCAUCCCACUCUGGGACUUUAGCAGCGCAUGCCCUAAAUUCGGCCACAUAUUCAUACACUGGCUGCUUCCCUUGCCUCAAGCACUUCAUGUUCGCCCUCGCCCUCUCCCUUUCCAGGGGAUAUUCAUACUGCACUUGCAAGGCACUUAGAAACACACUCCAGAGUUCAUGGGUUUGCAUGGAAUAGAUAGCCACAAACUACUUUGCUGCCUCUCCCCCCAGCUGGGAACCCAAAUAGCUCAGCCAGCUUUCUUCAUCAGGGAAGGUGGCUCCCCACUCUCAUAGGAACUCUGCUGCUUGGACUAGGAAAACCCCCAGCUCCUUCAGGUCUCCCUCAAAGCGGCCUUCCAAUUUUCUCUGGCCCCACAACUGUUGGGGCAGCAGCCCCGGGCGUACCAGUUGUGCGGGUGGUCCUGUCAUGUAUGCCCACCGGCAUACACGCCAUUCAUGUAUUAUGUGCUACUUAUAAAUCAUUUGAGAAUAUGGGGGAUUCUGAGUGCUUGUUAAUUGAGAGCGUUUUUAGUUUAAAGAAACUUAAAUGUUCUGCUUGUUUUAUUCCCAAGACUUUUAUAUCUGCACUAUUUAUAUACUUAUUGGUUGCAUAAGAUUGUAUAAUUUUCCAUUUACUGUCUGAUUCAGAUUUUGCAUAACUUUUAUACUUACUUUACGUUGUUUUUGUCUUACUUUCAUUUCUUUAAAUAAAAUAUUUAAACCAAAAAAAGAAAAAAGAAUGCCAAUGAUGAGCCCCAGGAUCUACAGCCGGAGCUUUCAUGAGGUCUUUAGGUCCCAACUCAUCCUCUGGCAGCCCCCCCAUUCCCAGUGUCCGCUCCCGUUCCAGCCAUAGGUGGUUCACGUAUGCAGAGUUUGAGAAUUAAAAAGUUGAUUCCUAACUGUAACGAUCACAACAAGGAACUUUUCAAAAGACUUCUCUGGUUGGGGCAUGGCAGAUGCCAACAUCCUGACACUCCAUUUUAUCCUGAAAACUUCCCUGUGAGGUUGGUUAGACUGAGAGUGUGUGACUGGUCCAAAGUUUCCCAGCAAUUUCUGUGGCAGAGUUGGGAUUCAACCCACGAGUAUGGUGAGGUUAUGGAUAUCAGCUGUAUAGGAAAAACACAAGAGAAAAGCUCCAAGAGUGCGGUGACCAACUAACUAAAGAAACCAAUGAAAAAAAGAAAGUCAAUCAAAUAAAAUGUGUGGACAAUCUUGUAUCUUCAUUGUUCGUAAAUCUGGUGGCAUAGUCUCCUCUCCUUAGAAGGGAAGAAAAACAGACACCAGUUAGAGAAUCCCAACUACCUCGGUAUAUGUUUGUGGAAUGUUGUAUUAUUUGGCUGAGAAAUUGUAUCCAAUAACAUAAUUGUCUUAGCGUCUAUCCGACCACUCACAAAGAUAGCUGGAGCAUGCGCCUUUUGGGUGAUU